UAGACAUCCGACCGUAGAAGAAGACGAGAGUCAAUAUGGCCCAGGAGAGGAGCAUGGCGGUUUCAGAGUUACUCAGUAAAGCAGAGUUAUUAAAACAAGGAGCAGAAGGCCGGGUGUACCGGACACAGUUUCUGGGAAAACCGACGAUAGUGAAAGAAAGGUUCCCAAAACGCUACAGACACCCGGUGCUGGACGAAAAGUUAACACACCGCAGGACGAUGCAGGAGGUCCGGUCCAUACUGCGCUGCCGGAGGGCAGGCAUAUCUGCCCCUGUAGUCUACUUUGUGGACUACACCUCACACUGCAUUUUCUUGGAGGAAAUCCUGGGUUCCUCAACUGUACGUGACUACAUUGCAUCCAGCCAGCAGUCCGAUUCCUGUAAGGACCAGGAGCUGGAGCGGCUGGCUCAGCAGGUGGGCCAGAUCCUGGCCAAAAUGCACGACGAGGACGUCAUCCAUGGAGACCUGACCACUUCUAACAUGCUGCUGAGACGCGGCCUGGAAGGCAAAGAAUCUGACAUAGUCCUCAUUGACUUCGGACUGAGUUACAUCUCCACUCUGCCAGAAGAUAAGGGGGUGGACUUGUACGUGUUGGAGAAGGCUUUCCUCAGUACCCACCCCAACACAGAGGCACUGUUUCAGAAGCUGCUGAAGAGCUACACAGCAUUGUCCAAGAAGUCAUCAGCAGUCAUUAAAAAGCUGGAUGAGGUUCGGUUGAGAGGAAGGAAGAGGUCCAUGGUGGGAUGAUGAUCUAAGCUAUGUACAGGGACAGGCCUCUCUGGAACAUAUGUAUCUGAAAACAUGCUAAAAUGACAAAGCUGUUACUGUGCAUGAAAGACUGUUGUAUGUGAAGUAACAACUAAAAAUAAUAAAGUGUUUUGUAGUAAA